CUACUGAUUUCUGAGAGAUUGAAUCGGAAACAUCAUCAUGCCCGAACCAGCGAAGUCCGCGCCGAAGAAAGGCUCCAAGAAGGCCGUCACAAAGACCGCCGCGAAAGGAGGAAAGAAGCGCAGAAAGUCCAGGAAGGAGAGCUACGCCAUCUACGUGUACAAAGUGCUGAAGCAGGUUCAUCCUGACACCGGGAUCUCUUCGAAGGCGAUGGGCAUCAUGAACUCUUUCGUCAACGACAUCUUCGAGCGCAUCGCCGGUGAGUCGUCUCGUCUCGCUCACUACAACAAGCGCUCCACCAUCACUUCCCGAGAGAUCCAGACCGCCGUGCGUCUGCUGCUGCCCGGGGAGCUGGCCAAACACGCCGUGUCCGAGGGCACCAAGGCCGUCACCAAGUACACCAGCUCCAAGUAGAGCAGUCCGACCCCGAGACACACCCCAAAGGCUCUUUUAAGAGCCACCCAUCCACUCACUCGAAGAGCUUAUAUUAACUUU